AUGUCUUCUGAGCGUCAUCUCCUGUCUUUGCUCGUGGCAGCAGUGCUUGCUGCCCCAGUGGUAUGCCUGAGUCCUGCAGAAUGGCGUUCUCAGAGCAUCUAUCAGGUCAUGACAGACCGCUUUGCCCGGACGGACCUUUCCACCACCGCAACUUGUGAUGCGUCUGACGGCAUCUACUGUGGUGGCACUUGGGAAGGCUUGAUCAGCAAGUUGGACUACAUUCAAGACAUGGGAUUCACGGCCGUGUGGGUGUCCCCUUUUGUGGCACAAAUGGAGGGCGAUACAACCGACGGCGAGUCGUACCAUGGCUAUUGGGCUCAAGACAUUUAUUCUGUCAACUCAAACUUCGGCUCAGCCUCGGACCUGAAGGCCCUGUCCACCGCUCUCCAUGAUCGGGGCAUGUAUCUCAUGAUGGACGUCGUCACCAACCACUUUGCUUAUGACGGGUCUCCCGAGGACGUUGACUACAGCAUGUUCAGCCCCUUCAACUCGAGCUCGCACUUCCACUCGUACUGCGAGAUCGACUACGACGUCAUCACAUCGAUCCAGGACUGCUGGGAGGGCGACACGAUCGUGCCGCUGCCGGACCUGGCCACCGAGAACGAGGACGUGUACUCGGUCUGGUACGAUUGGAUCGCCGACGUCGUAAGCACGUACGGCAUUGACGGCAUCCGCCUCGACAGCGCGUACGAGCUCAACUACAACUUCACUCCCGGGUUCGAGGACGCCGCAGGCGUGUACCUCGUCGGCGAGGUGGCCGAUGGGGAUCCGACUGUGGUCACGCCGUACCAGCAGUACAUGAGCGGCGUGCUCAACUACCCGGCCUUCUACUGGAUCACGCAGGCCUUUGAGUCCUCGUCGGGCAGCAUCUCCAACCUGGUGGCGGGCAUCAACGAGAUGAAGGCCGACACGGACACCACGCUCUACGGCUCGUUCCUCGAGAACCAAGACCAGCCGCGCUUCCCCUCCCUGACCAGCGACUACAGCCUCGCCAAGACGGCCAUCGCCUUUACCAUGCUGGCAGAUGGCAUCCCCAUCAUCUACCAGGGCCAGGAGCAGCACUGCAACGGCAGCAGUGUCCCUGACAACCGCGAGGCCAUCUGGCUGUCCGGCUACGACACCACCGCCGAGCUCUACACCUGGAUCGCCAGCCUCAACGCCAUCCGCAACUGGGCCAUCUACCAGGACUCGACAUGGGUCACGUACCAGACCUGGCCCAUCUACUCCGACACCCACACCAUCGGCAUGCGCAAGGGCAACGCUGGCAAGCAGAUCGUCGGGGUGUACAGCAACGUUGGCUCCAGCGGGUCGACCACGAUCACCCUCGAGGCUGCCAACACGGGCUUCACCGCUGGCCAGGCCCUGAUCGAUGUCAUGAGCUGCACCGCCUUCACCGCCGACUCCAGUGGUGAUCUCAGCGUCUCCAUCAGUGAGGGUGUGCCGCGCAUCUUCUACCCGACUGCGGCGCUCAGCGGAUGUUCGUUAUGUGGUGAAGGUAACUGCUGCUCGAGAUCCAUGCAUCGAAACAAUUUCUCUAAGACAGGCUUAGGGGGUGGAUCCUCAACUACAACGACUGGGAACUGCACUUCCAGCUCUGUCGCUAUCACUUUUGACGAGAUCGUUUCUACUACUUAUGGAACUACCAUCAAGAUCUCCGGAGACAUAUCCACCCUCGGCGACUGGGACACCAGUGACGCCCUGGCCCUCAGCGCCUCCCAGUACACCUCCAGCGAUCCGCUGUGGGAUCUCACCGUGGACCUGACCCCUGGUGCCGUCGUCGAGUACAAGUUCAUCAGCGUCGACAGCUCCGGCGACGUGACGUGGGAGGCCGACCCGAACCACACGCUGACCGUACCGUGUUCGGCAACGACGGUGUCGGCGAGCUGGCAGACGUAG